GUUGUAAAUAAAAAUUCGUAGAGUCCAGAGGUACGGUCCGCGUCGGAAAUUGAUAAAUAUUUUUUGUUUUUACAAAUUAAAUAGUUAUAAACUAAACAUACAUGCAACAUAUGUGCAAACAGUUAGAUAAGUGAGUGCAAAUGUGCUGGUGUGUGUGUGGGUGCGUGAGUGAAAAUGAUGCGGGUCCAAAAGCAUUUGACAAGAAUGGAAAAUUAACACACAUACAAAUGCAAAUGCAGGCCCCAUUGGAAUUGGAAUUGAUGAUGUGAUGUUAUGAUUAUGGAAACUUGCAAAGGUGCUAGUGAAUCCGAAUCCAAAUUAAACUAUAAUUGCGCACAAUUAUUAUUAUGUGCAGUGGUUGGCUGUGGCAGCAGCAGGUUGUGGAUAGUAGAAGAGACGGCGGCGGUGGCGCAGAAGAUAGAAAAUCACUGCUGCUCCAAAUAACGGUGUACAAGAAAAUGAAAAGAAAAACAAAACUGUGAAACAAGGCCAACAAGGUGAAAAAAAACAAAGACAAGCGAGAGAGCAAACUAACACAAGGAAAACAAUAAUAACAAAAAGAGUGAAAUAUAUUAAAACCAAAAAUUACGUGGCUCCGAGGGGACUGGUCAGACAAGAACAGGCUGGACUACUGUACACACACACAUACAUACACACCACUUGCCCCCGCACCGUUCCCCCCCUCCCUCCCACUCACUCAUUCACCAAACGCACAUAACUGCAGAGAGAGAGAGACUCUUGGCGGGAGUGGAAACAUCCACCAAAUAAUAAACAACAACAAAAAUGUCAUCGCUCAAGGUUGCUGUGAGGGUUCGCCCCUUUAACACGCGGGAAAAUGAUAUGGACGCUCAGCUUAUUGUGGAAAUGGAGGCGAAGAAGACACGCCUACUGAAACCCCGUUCACAAUCUAUACGCGAUGCCGGACGAGACAAUCAUCAUGACUUUACCUUUGACUAUUCAUAUUGGUCAUUCGAUGAAGAAGAUUCACAUUUUGCCACCCAGGAGCAGGUUUACAGUGACUUGGGCAACGAUGUCGUCGAUUGUGCCUAUGAAGGUUACAAUGCUUGCGUCUUUGCAUAUGGUCAGACGGGUUCGGGCAAAACGUUUACCAUGAUGGGCACGCCCACAAAUCCGGGUCUAAUACCGCGCAUCUGUGAAGAGCUGUUUAGGCGCAUGCGUGUGGGCCAAGAGUCGGGAACGGGCUAUCGAACCCAUGCCAGCUAUUUGGAGAUAUACAAUGAACGCGUCAAGGAUCUACUGGCUUCCCAGAGUACAGGACACGGAUUGCGUGUGCGGGAGCAUCGCAGCUUGGGACCCUAUGUGGAGAACUUGUCACAGCACGCAGUAUCCGAUUUCGAUGAAAUACAGGAGUGCAUUGCCAGGGGGAAUGCGCAACGCACCACGGCAAGCACAAAUAUGAACGACACCAGCAGUCGGAGUCACGCCAUCUUUACGAUUACGUUUGUUCAGGCCGGCUUCAUGAAUGACAUGCCAAGCGAGACAGUCUCGAAGAUCCAUUUGGUCGAUUUGGCGGGCAGUGAGCGGGCCAAUGCCACGGGAGCAACGGGCCAGCGUUUGAAGGAGGGAGCCCAUAUCAAUAAAUCUCUGGUCACGCUGGGCAGCGUCAUCUCUGCCUUGGCUGAGCAGACAAGUGGAAGUCAGAGUAGCAUAUCCUCAAGCUCUGCGACCUCGCUGGCCACCACACCCAAUAGUGCCUCAAAGCGCGUGCUGUAUAUACCUUAUCGUGACUCCAUACUCACCUGGCUGCUCAAGGACAGUCUGGGCGGCAAUAGUAAGACAAUAAUGAUCGCAGCCUUGUCUCCGGCUGAUUGCAAUUAUAGCGAAACAUUGAGUACAUUGCGGUAUGCCAAUCGGGCUAAGAACAUUAUCAAUAAGCCCACUGUCAAUGAAGAUGCAAAUGUGAAGUUGAUACGCGAGUUGCGAGAGGAGAUUAACAAGUUAAAGUCCAUGCUAACGGGCGAUAUUCAUUCAAUUCAACCCUCGCUUAAGGUUCUUGCUGAUCUACAGAAGAAAGAGGCCCAAGAGAAAGUCCUCACCGAAGAGUGGACCGAGAAAUGGAAGGUGGCGCAAUCGAUAUUGCAGGAGCAAAAGAGUUUGGGGCUGCGCAAAUCUGGAGUGGGCGUCGUGUUGGACUCGGAGAUGCCCCAUUUGAUUGGAAUACAUAACGAUGUGACCACCGGUGUGACUUUGUACAGUCUGAAGGAGGGUGAAACUCGCAUUGGAACAGAGGAUGCUGAUGUGGCUCAGGAUAUAGAGCUGGCUGGCGAUGGCAUACGGCAACAGCAUUGCAGUAUUGUUCUAAAAGGGGGCGUGGUCACGUUGCAUCCAUGGCCUUUGGCUCAGUGUUGGGUCAAUGCCCAUUUGAUUGAUGAACCCAAGCAGAUAUCGCAGGGCGACAUUAUCUUGCUGGGACGCACAAACAUCUUUCGUUUCAAUAAUCCCGCCGAAGCAGCCAAGCUGCGAAAGGAUUUGAGUCGAUCGCAAUUGGAUAUGUCGCGUUUAUCCCUGAUUACCUCAUCGAGGGAGAAUCUACUUACCAGCAGCAUUUAUUCCGACGAAGAUGCAUCAACAUCGGCUUACAAACGUCCCGAACGACAAUAUUAUCCCCAACGUCCCAUAUCCCGUGAUGAUCCUGAGCUGCAGGAUGAAAAUCGCAAAAUAUUGGACACCAUUGAGAAUGCCUUAAAGCAGCUGAACUCGGAACGGGUUCAGAUGCAUGACCAAUACAAGACCAAGGUGAGAAAGCUAACCGAAGAGCUGAUCCGCCUGGAGCAGGAGGAAAUGGACGGACUGCAAGUGCUCAAUUGCCGUGAACAAGAGCUGCUGGCACGCAAGGAUAUGUUUCUAUGGGAAAAGAAUAAUGAGAAAGUGCAGAUCGACAUUGUGUGUAGACAAAUUUCAGCGUUUCAAACUCAGCUCGACUCAAAGAAACGCGAUUUCUCUGAGUAUGUAGCUAAAGAGUUACAGGAACUGCAAGAUUGUGGCAAGCUGGAUGAGAUGGGAUUAAAAAUUGAGGAAGGAACUCCCCUGAAUGAUGAACUCUUGCUACAAGUAUCCGAUUCAUUGGAGCUCUUUGCUGCCCAAUUCAUCAAGGAUACGGUCAGAAGAAAUAAUGAGGAAAUACGUAAGCUGGACGAGCAAAUUGCAGAAAAGGAGAGAAUCCUGAAUGCGAGCACCAGUAAAAUAGCCAAAGUCGAUGAGACCAUGCUGCAGAUUCAAGUCGAAUUGGAACGUCUACGUCAGGAGCGUGCCGAAAGCGAGGCCGAGUCGCAGGCGAUGCGUGCCAGAAAGCAGAAUAUGAAACUGCAUCUGGGUAAUAAAUCCAUGUCCAUGUCUACCUCGACAAGCACAAAUGCCGAUGGCGACGAUGUGUCCAAAUCUGAUACAUAUGAAACCUGUGAUACCUUCCAUACGGCCCAAUCGAAUUUCUCGCUUGUUUCAUCGCCCACCAUAACCGAGGGACAACAAACUCCCCUCAGUAAUUGCUCAUGUGAAGCCGAGGAUGAGGCCGAGGACACACGUAAGGAUGACAUUUCGGGCAGCAGUGAGGAUGGAUCUCGCACCUGCACUGCCGGCCCAAGCAGUGGCAGUGGCAGCGGCAGUGGCAACCUCAACACCGGAGCACCUUCAUCAACGCCCAGUUCACAGGCCAUCAUGAGUGACAGUGGGGUGUGCCUGGACAGCCGUAAUCAGGCCAUGCUUGCCAAUGGUCACGCGAGCAGCUAUAAACACAGUCUACGAACCAGUGAUGAGGAUACUGGUUCUUGCUCCUCGUGCGAGCUGGGCCGCCACUCUGAUAUAUCGCGUCCAUAUUGUCCAUUGCACUCUCUGCGCCGCAAGAUUGCCGCCCAGAAGGCAUUGAUAAUGAAAAAUCUCGAAACAGAUGUCAACAAGGUUCAGCUGGAUGAGCAAAUAGCCGAUUUGCAAGACCUGCAAAGACGCUACAUUCAGUUGGAACAGGAAAUGCUGCAGUCAGUGCAGGAUUUGGAGGCGCAUGCCCAGUGCUGCGCCGACGAGCGUGCCGGCAUGGAGCGGCAGUAUGAGUUGGCCAGCUCCAUAAUGCGAUCGAGUGUAAUGAGUCCAACCAGCAUGGAGGAGUCAACAUCACAGAUCUAUGCUCCUAGUAUGACCAGAUCGUGUCCAUCAAUGAGGGAAUUUCCAGCCGAACAGGGAGAUCAUUUCAUAACUAUACCCAGUUUUGUGAUGCGUGGAGCUGGCAAGCAGACGCAUUACGAGUACGAGGUGCGCAUAGCUCUACCCGAUGGUAAACUCAAUAUAUUGCGUCGUUACAGUCGCUUCCGGGAAUUGCAUUUGUGCAUGAAGCACUGUUACGGAGCUAAGAUCUCUGCAUUACCCUUUCCACGACGUGAGCUCUUCGCAUCGAACAGUGAGCCGGUGGCCAAGCAUCGUCGUCGUCUCCUGGAACUCUAUUUGCGUCGCCUGUUUGUAGUUUGCUCGAAAAUACCGCAAUGCCCGAUCUAUGAGGGACCCGGAGGACCAGGCCUCACGCGUGCCUCUCUCGUCCAGCUGUCGUCUUUUUUCAAGAAAGGCCUCUUCGAGAACGGAAAGCAUGGGACGGGAUAAUAGUUAACCUACUGCUGAAUUAUCUCCUGCCUACAGUGUGUCUUUUUAUAUAUUUAUACUAUCUGUUAAGCUAUAUCAAUGAUAAUAUGGGUCUGUUUUGAUUAGUUAGGUUAUGCAUACAUGAACCUCCAGUGUCCUUCCACAGAUGAUUGAUUAUAAAUUUUGCUUCUUAGUUGAUUUUAUAUCUAUAUCUAUAUGAAUAUUGUUGUAAUCUAAGAAAAAAGAAUCGCUGAAACUUUAAUAUGUGUAUCUGCCAGUGGCAAUGUUGCAAUCUUUGCAUUAGGUAUAUGUAGAAACUAAGUAAACUAGAUGAGAAUUAUUUACCUGGUUGGUUAGUUGGUUGAUCUAUUGAAAGUUUUUUUUUAAAUUAGUUAAUUAUUCACACACUAGUUAAAUUUAUCUGUAUAUAGCAAGUACAUGAAUCUGUAAAUUGUGCAUAUAUACUUCCAAAACAAAAAGUUAUUCCAGUUAUGUAAUCUGUGAUUAAUAAUCAAUUGAAAGCUAUCAAAUCGAAAUCUAAUCCAAACAAAUGAACGCAACUGAACAUUUCACAAGCAAGAUAUUAAAUCCAAUUGAAAAGAUCUACAAUCGUUUAGAGUUUAAGACUUAGGCUAUAGAGAAACACUGAAGGAUCUAGGUGGGCAGAUAUUUAGCAGUAGGUUAUAGGUGAAUUAGUUUUAUAAGUUUAGCCGCUAAGUUCGAUUGUCGCAAUUAAUUACGAGAGUACAACUUUAUCCGAGACGUACACACAUACAUAUAUAUAUGAAUAAUGUUGAUUGUAUAAAGUUUAUAUUUAUAAGCAUACGUAUCUACAGUAAUUGGCAUUGAAGGAUAUUCGCAAUAAGUUUAACAAUAAUAGUCUAAAUAAUAUAAAUGAACCAAUGGGUAUUUCUCUUAACAAGAUGAUCAGAUUGAACCCAUUUAAAUAUAUCUACUCAAUAUAAUGAACAA